AGUGGCUAGUCCGUAGUCAAAUGAGCUGGAGCAUGGCCGCCGGAUGGUUUUUACGCACUUGUUUAUAGAAGUCUCGGAAAACAAACUAGUGCAGGCAAAAUCGUAAAAAAAGUUGGCUAAAGAUGGGCUCUUCUGACGACGGCGUGUCUUUCACGACGACUCCUGGUUUUUGCCCGGAUUGUGGAUCAAUUCUGCCUCUGUUGGGUGAUCGCGGCGGUGUGACUUGCUACGCUUGCAAACGAGUCUGGGGCCCCGAAGUGUUUGGAGAAAUGGCCAUGACUUACACAGUUAAUUUCAAUAAUAAAGAUACCUAUGCAUCAGCAAAACAAGAUGAUGACGAUGAGGAAGAAGCUGAUGGCCCCAUUGUUGAUAGACGGUGUCCUCAGUGUAACAAUGACAAAAUGUCCUAUGCCACAUUGCAAUUAAGAUCUGCUGAUGAAGGUCAAACAGUAUUUUACACAUGCACCAAAUGCAAAUUCAAAGAAACUGAAAACUCGUGAUUUACGUAUAUUAAGGUUUAUAGUAAUGUAAUAAUUAAGACAAAUUUAAUAAAACAUAGAGCUUUAUUUGUUUUACAUUUAACAAAUAAUUGAUGAUGAUUAUACAAGCAGCUCUUUAAUGUUAUUGUAAGUCUGCGAAGGCAGAUCCUACGAAAUUCUACCUUGAUUACGCUUGGAUGAAAUGACCUCAAUAUUUACACAAUUUAAAGACCUCGAAUAUUAAAAGUUAACAAGUUUUUUCUUUAAUAAAUUCAUUUUGAUUAAUCCUCCAAAAUGUUGCAAUGGUCCUUGUUGGAUUAAAAAACUUUGAUUCGCUGAAA